UUGGGCCUGACGUUUUCCUGCCAGGCAGCAGCGGCGGCGGCGACGAGCGCCGCGAGGAAAGCACAGCGAAGCACGAUCAUGGCACUAUUCACAAGUCGUCAUCACUCGGAGAGCACUCGCGACGCGGUUCAGCGCGACGAUAACGGUCAGGACGCACGGCGGCUGGCGGCAGACUGGCGGGCCAGGGGAGACCGGGGUAGGUCGGGGGGCGCGCUUGCGCGGCCGGCGCCCCGCGGUCUCGCAUGCGUGGGGUUGCGGAGUGCGGACCUCGCACGUGACGCAGCCCUCCUCGCCCCAACACACCCUCGUGGCUAA